CCCAGAAGGCGUGCAAUUACAGUGUUUGCUCAGCACAUAUCCGAUGAAGCUGUUAGAGCCUUCCAGCUUAACGAUUUCCGGAAAAGAGCUCAAGGUUCAGAGGAGAUAUCGCACCAUACCGCGCGAUGUGUAGCUGCCCGCAGGAUCCGGUAACACCUGAGCUGCACUCAUUAAGGAUUUAACAAGAGAAGCUGCAUGCACUGAAAAUGGCUGACAACUGCCACGCUUAAUGCGCUUCCCUGAAAACUUUGAAAGAAGGAAACAAAAUGGAUUUACCCUUAGAUGAGGAGGACAGCACUUUCACCAACAUUUCUUUGGCUGAUGAUUCAGAUCGUCGCUCAGGCCGACGGAGUUCUAAAGCAGAAAGAGCCCCUUCUACAAUGAUGAACGCUGACAUGGACGAUCUCUCAGCACGAGUAGAUGCUGUUAAGGAAGAAAACUUGAAACUGAAAUCAGAAAACCAAGUUCUUGGACAGUAUAUAGAAAAUCUGAUGUCAGCAUCUAGUGUUUUCCAAACCACUGACACAAAAAGCAAAAGGAAGUAGAGGAUGGCUCACAGGUGAUGUCACUGUAUUGCUGCUGUCUUUUUUGUUUUAAUUGGUAUAGGCUACAUGAGCUAAAAUUAUCUUAGUUUGUGGCUUUACUGGGUAUCUGAAGAUUAUAAACUUCAGUGAUAAGCAGAAUUAUGAACAUUAUCAUGAACAGGAGAUGCAAGUUUGUAUAUUAAGAUUAAGCAAUGCGCAAAUAUAGUGUAGAGACUUACUAGACUUCAAUAUUUGUAUUAAAAAUGAGCAUAUCUUGUUAAGAAUGGGAUUCAGUUUGUCAAGUUAAACAAACGUGUCUUGUUGGCUCUCUUAGAGGUCUUAAGUGUUCUUGACUAGAAAAACGAUAGUUAUAAAACGGUGUUGAAAACUUAAUUGGUAAAAAUAUUCAAAGUCUGCAUCACCUUUUUCACCUUAAGUGUUGAUAGAUUACUGUGUAGUACCAUUCACAUCUCUGCAAAGCAGCUUUAAACGAAAGCCUAUAAACCAGUUAGGAAUUUUUGUCAAGUAGUAACAGUCUGACAUUAUUUGUAGGGUUUGCAUGCAGGAACACAGCUAAGUUUUUUAGCGAGAGGAAGUUAAAGUGAACAAGGAUAAGCAACUUGCAUCAGGGAAAUAUCAAACAGAUGCAAUAUUAACGUAUCUAUCAUUUGUAAGAUCUACACUUCAAACUAUUUUUACUUUCUUUCCUUAAAGAAAGCUCAGCUUCUGUCAUAACAUAAUAUCCAACCAAACAAACUCCCCCAAAACCUGAGUAAUAAGCUUGACAGAAAGCCAGCAGUGUUUUUCCUCAUGCUCACUGUGAACAGGGUGCAGUAGCGAGAAACUGAGAACAAGUCUUUCCUUGCCAUCUUUUUACGUUCCUCCUGAAGUGCCAAACUUGUCCUUGCUUCAGGCCUUAGAGCAGCUGUUUACCUGCCACAGUCAGAGCUUGUGAAGUACCUCUAGAGACAUAGCACAAAACCAUCAAAGGCAGAAGAGGCAGCAGUGGCUGCUGUCUGUCAGAUCUGGGCUACACUGGGCAAUGCCUUGUGUCAGGGUGUCCUGUUUUAGUUCACUGGCUUGGCUUUGUUAGAAGGAGCUCAGCCCAGAUUCUGGGUGCCAGCACUUCCCCUAGAAAGCAUACAUCUAGCAUAAUGAGUAUUAGAGAAGAGCAGAAGCUGAAAUACAAGCAGCGUGAAUUUUAGCUUAGUACUGUUAGGUCUGUUUCAUCUUGCCAUAUAGCAGCAUGGACUUAGGGAUGUCAACUAAAACCGUCUCUUUGGUAAUGAAGUCAUUUUAUUCUACCUUUUAACAAAAGGGAACCAUUAGUUCAAGCUUCUCUUUCAGUUUCGCUGCAAUAGAAUGUGUAAAAUAAAGCUGCAGGAAAUGGAUGUGUGGAUGUCAUGGCAGAAUAAAUCCAUCUCAAAACACAAGUUUCUUGGCAGCUAAGCACUGCUAUUUCUCAUUCUCAACUUUCAGCUGAUACUGCGAGAUCUCCCAUUUCUCUCUAUUUAAAAUGACUGUAAAGCACUCAUGGGAACGUCAGCAGAGUUAAAUGACUAAAAACAAAGCACUAAUAUUUUGUGGCUUGAAGGCUGUUUACAAAGUCUGUGUCAAGAAAUCAGAUUAUGAGGAAUUUCACCCACCAGGGCAAAAGCGGCUGAUACUGUUUGUGUCACAGGGUCCUAUAAGCAGCUAAUAUUAUAUUAAACAUCUCUGGACUGCUCUGUCACAUUGCUGCCUAUCUGAAACUUUGAACACAUGCAAGAAUUUCUAGCAGGUGGAGUAAAUCACAGGGCUAGCCCAGGGUUUGAGCACUAAAGACACACACUUCACCAAGCAUUUGACUUCUGGAAACUGCAUUUCAUUACAGCCAUCCUAGCUUUCAAGCCAUGUCACUGCACAUCUCCAGCAGCACCGUGGGAGACAUCCACAAACAGUAGUAACACAGCAUGCACUUAUUAGACUUGAGCAGUUCUGAGAUCAGCUAAUCUUAAAAUCAUGGUUGUAUAUUGUAAGAUUGGAUAGUGAUAUUUUAUCCAUCAGUCUGUAUAUAGUAGUCACUUAAUCUAUAUACCAUUUUUCAUCCCACUACUGCGGCCUUCAUUUAACUUAUGAGCAUUUUAAAGAUGUUGUAUUUCUGACUUUACACUAAAUAAAACCUUUUGAUUUGUCUCA